AUGUCUCAGUGUCAGGAGAUUCCACAUUGCACACAGGAACAACAGCAUGCCCAUAGUGAGACCCAGGGCCUAGGGGCUGCACAGGUCUCCAAGGCUCUGGAGGAGACCACUUCCUCCUCUUUGCAUCCUUUAAUGCCUGGUAACCUAGAGAAGGCUCUGGCUGCUGGGACACUCAGCAUUUCACAGAGUCCUCAGAGAGCCUGUUCGUCCUCCAGUGCCAUCAGAGCCAUCUCAUCGAGCAAAUCAAAUGAGAGCCCUGAAAGCCAAGAAAAGGAGGGUAGCUCAGCUUCUUCAAAGUCCCUGUCAGAAACUGAAAACUUGCCUGAAGACCCUUUAGAUGAGAAGGUGCCUUUGUUGGUGCAGUACCUGCUGCACAAGUAUCAAAUGUAUGAGCCCAUCACAAAAGCAGAUAUGAUUGAUGUUGUUAUCAAGGAGUACACGAAUGACUUUCCUGAAAUCCUCAGUAAAGCCUUGGAGCACAUGGAGCUGGUUUUUGGCAUUGAUGUGGAGGAAGUGGACCCCACCAGCCACAGCUAUGCCCUUGUUAACAAACUAGGCCUCACUUAUGAUCCAAGGCUGAGUAGUGAUGAGGGCGUGCCCAAGACUAGCGUCCUGAUCAUUGUCCUGGGUGUGAUCUUGAUGAAGGGCAAUCGUGCCACUGAGGAGGAGAUCUGGGAAAUGCUGAAUAUGAUGGUCUUAUAUUCUCAGAAGAAUCACUUCCUUUUUGGGGAGCCCAGGAAGCUCAUCACCAAAGAUUUGGUGCAGAAAAAAUACCUGGAUUACUGCCAGGUACCCAACAGUGAUCCUCCAUGCAUUGAAUUCCUGUGGGGUCCAAGAGCCCAUGCUGAAGCCAGCAAGAUGGAAUUGCUGGAGUUUUUUACCAAGAUCCACCCCACUUGCUUCCCACCCCAGUAUGAGGAGGUUUUGAGAGAUGAAGCAGAGAGAACUCACACUAGAGCUGCAACCAGGGCAGGCACGACUGCCAUGACCAGGGAAAGUUCCAGUGCCAGAUCCAGUAGCUUCUCCCACCCCUAG